AUGUAUGACACAAUUCAAAGUAAAAUUGAAUCAAUAAUUCAUAGACAUAUUAAUGAUACAAAUAUGAAUGAUCAUGCAGAUGUUUUUGGUAAUGUAAGUAAUAGCAGUUGGUAUGAAGAAGAUGAUGGACCAUCGUUACCUACACGCUUAGUUUUUGCUUGUGCUUGGAUAUUUAUUGCUGUUGCUGGUAUUCUAGGCAACAGCUUAGUUAUUUUUGUAGCUAUUCGAUUUGAAAAAUUAAGCAAUGUUACAAAUUGUUUCAUUGUUAAUCUUGCUGUUACAGAUAUUGUUUUCUUAGCAUUUUGUAUGCCAUUAUUAGUUGUUCAAUAUACACUCGAACAUUGGUAUUUUAAUCAAACAUUUUGCAAACUUCUCAAUUUUAUUUCAUUUGUCAGUGUUCUUGUUACUGUUCUUACAUUAGUUGUAAUGACUAUUGAUCGGUAUAUUUAUGUUGUCAAUCCAUUUGAAAAUAUAACAUGGCGAAAACCCAGAACAGUCUUUUUCCUUAGUUUAAUUAUUUGGUUACGUAAACAUGUACCACUUCAUCAAGCUCGUGCAAUAAUUCGUGCACUUAAAGGUGCUACAUUUUCGGAAGAAUUAUGUUUUGAAGAAAUUCUUAAACAAUUAAUUAAAGGAAAAAAAAUUUCAACUGAAGCUAUAACGGAAGCUUUAUGGAAAUUUUAUAAAGCUCCACCAGAUGAUAAUACAGAUGUUAUUGCGGGAAAAAUUCUUACAUUUAUUGUUGGAAAUGAAGUGAAUACAAAAUUAAAUGAUAUAACAGAUCUUAUUCAAGCAAAAGAAAAAAAUCGUCGUUUUGUACAUAUAUCAUGUUUACUUUUACAAUUAGCUGCUACACCUAAAAAGAUGGAAAAUGGUGUUCGACCAAAACAAUUUCGUUUACCAAAAACACAUCGGUUAUUUGAAAUUCUCGGCAAUAUUAUUGUUUCAACUUUUCAUGAUGUUUCCGAUCGACAAUGGACACCUAUGAUGGAAUCAGCAUUUGAUGUUAUUUUUAAAUUAGCUGAUGGACCCAUAAAACAUAUUGAAAAUAUAAUAAAAAAACUUGCUGUUAAAACUGGCGUUAAACUUGGUGGAUUAUUUAAAAUUCCAACUGCAUCUCAAUCACAACCUGUAUUUAUUGAACCAAUGGAUUUUGAAAAUGCUGGUAAUGAUAGUAGUCAAAAUCAAUUAUCUCAACAACAACAACAUCAUCAUCAUUCUCAAACAAAUUCAAAUUCAGCAUUAAUGUUAGUUCGUUUUUUAAAUUGUCUUGGAAAAGCAGCUGUUGGAAUCGUUUAUUAUGUUGAUUGUACGGUGAAAGAUGAACUUUUUCGUCGAAAAGAAGCUAAACAAUCAGCAGCAACUAAUAAAAAAUCACAACAGAAGCCAAGAAAAUCAGCAAAAAAACGAACAAAACGUAAAACACCUGAUGAAGAUGAUGAAAAUCAAUCAACAUCAAUUAAUGAUACAACAACUACUUCAUCAAAUCAAACUUUCAAUACAACAACUAAUCAAACAAUCGAUGAUGAACAAGAUGAUGAAAUGUGUCAAGUAUUUGGCGGUGCUGAAGCUGAAGAUCCAGUUGAUAAUGAAAUUAGUUUAUAUAUACAAUCAUUAUGCGAAAAAAAUUCCUUAUUAAUGCAAUAUAAAAAUAUUCUUGAACAAAUUCUUCUUCAUCCAAAUGAUUAUCGUGAGGAAGCACUUCAAUUAAGUGCUACUAUAUGUUUAUGUAAAUUUAUGUUAUUAUCUGUUGAAUUAUGUGAAACACAUGCAAAAAUGUUAUUUGAUCUAUUAAAAAAUUCUACAUUUGAAAGUGUACGUGUUGCUAUUAUGGUUUUAAUGAAUGAUUUUUAUUUGAAAUAUCCAUUGGCAUUUGCUGCUUAUUCAAAUGAUGUUUACGGUUGUUUACGUGAUCGAUCAGAUAAUGUUCGUUUAGCAGCAUUAAAAACAAUUUCAAAUUUAAUUCUCAAAGAAAUGGUUAAACCAAAAGGACAAAUAAGUGAAAUAGCCUUAUGUAUUAUUGAUAAACAUCCUCAAAUAGCAACAUUAGCUACAUCAUUCUUUAGUGAAUUAGCUAAACGUCAACAUGGCGAAGCAUUAUUUAAUAUUUUACCAGAUAUAUUUUCGAAUUUAGUUGGCGGUGGAUUAGAUAAAGAACGUGAAUUAAAUGAAGAAGAUUUCAAAUGUAUUAUGGAAUUUUUAUUUAAAUAUGUUAGUAAAGAAAAACAAACAGAAAGUUUAUCAGAAAAAUUAUGUCAACGAUUUCAUCUGGCUGAUAAUAAUCCUCGUUUAUGGCGUGAUCUUGCAUAUAUUAUGUCAAAAUUAACAUAUAACGAACGAGCAUUAAAAGGUUUAUUAGAUCAUUAUAAUUAUUAUGCUGAUAAACUAGUUGAAGAUGCUGUUUAUGAAUCAUUUUUAAUGAUUGUUAAUAAUGCGAAGAAAUUAUUAGGAAAUAAACCUGAUUUAAAAGUUGUACUUGAUGAAUUAUCAAUUCGUAUUGAUCAAGCAAGAUCUUCAAGUGGAAUAUUAGUAGCUGUACAACAAGCACAACAAAAAACUAAACAGCAACCAAAAAUUCCACGUGCGGGUGGAGCGAAGAAAGGUAAACAAGCAGCACCUAGUCGUAGUAAAACCAAAGCAGCACAAUCGGAUGAUGAUGAUGAUGAUGGUUCAAAAGAAAAUUCAGAUGAUGAUGAAAAUGAUUUUAAACAACCGACGAAAAAGGAAGCAAAAAUACCAACAACAACUCGAUCAAAACGUGGUGCGGCCGUAACUGCACGUAAAAAAGCAGCUGUAGUCGCGAGUGAUAGUGACGAAGAUGAUGAUUAA